GAAUUCUGCUGUUCUGGUUCUGCUGCUGUUAUUCUGUUUGUCACCAGCCAUCGGUUGGGGACAGUUGGUGGAUUCUGUCCCUCAAAAGCAGGUAUUGGAGACUAGAUUAGAAGAUGUUAUGUUAACAGAGGAGGACAUGAAGAUGGAGGAAGACGACGUGACGACCAGAUCGGACGGCCUGAGGACCGAGGCCAGCGUCACUCCGGAGCUCACUGUCCUCUGGGACGAGCUGCGGGGUCUGAAGGAGCUGGUCCUCAGCGUGAAGACGGUGGAGGUGGAGCGGCGUCAGGCCCUGAGGAGCAUGGAGAGCCGGCUGAGGGACCGGGAGGUGGAGGCCUGGCUGCAGAGACGCAGCCUGGACGGACUGGAGGAGACAGCGGUUCGGCAGAAGGAGGAGCUGAGAAGCACUGAGGAAAUGAUGGAGGCCGACAGGAAGCUUCUGACGGAGCUGAACUCUGAUCUGAAGAGGAAGAUGGAGGAGCUGGAGGGGCAGAGCAGAGCUCUGGCGUUGGAGCUUCCCUUCCUGCAGACCAGACUGAGGGCGACUGAGACCACUGUGGAGCAGCUGAGGAGAAAAAGCACAGUUCUUGCAGUCAGAUUGUGUCACACUGAGAGUCUGAUGGAGGAGCUGACGAGGCAGUCUUUAGCGUUCCAGGAUUCUAACAGUUCCUCUCAGGCUGCAUCGUCCGAGCUGGAGGAGCUGAACACAAAUACUCGAGUAACACACAGACAGAUGUAG